CUCGCCCAGGUAUUAUUCCACGCCGAACGUUAGCACAUACCAAUAUAACUUUUAAUACUACUCAAUCCUUUACACAGAUACCUGACGUUCCGCGGCACAACCAUUCUUGUGUUAUAGCAAUAAUGUUCUUCAAGCUGCAUACGUAGUAUUCAUGUUCACGUCAUAGAUGUAUCAUCCAGAACUUGAAUUGGCCGUUGUGCCAGGCUAAGCUAGUAGAACCCUGGACAAACAUUUCUUACCACCCCUCGGUUCGCCAGCCAAAAUGGAUUCAAGGCCGGGAUCAGCAACCUCAUAUGCGACAAGCGGCGCAGCCGGGACGUCGCGGCCUUUCUCCGCGAGCAGCGCCAGCUCCAACCGGCUUAGUGGGAAGCCGAUGGGCGCGGAGAAGCUUAUGGCGACGUGCGAGCAAAUAUACAAAAGCUUCAACCCGGCGCAAGUCACUUUGGAUACGCAUGUAGAUAACUGCAUCGCGGGCCUGCAAAUCUACAACAGUUUCGAUGAAAGCUUCAUCCGGCAAGUCAUCUACGGAGCAGUGCGCUACCGGCGCCUGCUAAGUGCCUUGAUGGACUCGUUCUAUCAUUAUAACGGCGGUGCCGCCUCCCGCGAGGACAUCGACAUGUACAAGCUGUACAGCUACCUCACCAUCUUCCGAUUGGAGGAGCUCACCUUCAGCAACUUCCAGCGCCUGGUUGAUGCCAUGACGCCGCAGAAGAUGUACGUGCUGCUCAAGUACCUGUUCGACCCCAAGUACAUGCGGGAGGUGGUGCGGGAGGACUGGCUCAAGCUGUACGACAAGGAGUUCGUUGACGACGCCAUCGAGCGGCUGCUGUCGUGGCAGUCGGAGAGCGCCUCCAUGCUGUCAAAGCUGGAGUACCGGGUCACGCUCAGCAGAAAAGUGGACGACGAGAAGGAGACGCUAGGCACCUCCUACGUGGCCCGGGCGCCCACCGUGCCGCAGCCCUUCAACCUCACGCUCGCCAAGCCCCGCCCGCUGCCCGUGGAGGACCCCCCGCCGCCGCCCAUCCGCGCCAAGCCCGCGCCCAAGCCGCGGGAGGGGCCCACACGGGAGGAGCUGGCGCUGCAGGCGGCCAAGGAGGCCAACCGGGCGCAGGCGGAGAAGGAUGCAAAGGCUGCCCCCUUCAAGCUGCGGGUGCUGGAGCGGCCCACCAACAUCGACAAGAUCCGGUCGGAGCUGGAGGAGGAGCGCACGCGGGAGCUGACGUUCAGGGGGAUACGCGCGGCGCCGGCGCCACCGCAGCCCAAUGCGCAGGUGAAGCUCAACGCGGCUGCCAUCCUGCGUGAGGACGCGCUGUACCGCCGCAAGCAGGCGGAGGAGGCGGAGGAGCUGAAGCGCUACGAGGCGGGGCUGCGCGACGCCAGCACCUUCAAGGCCUGGCAGACGGCCAUGCUGGAGCAGGACGAGGCGGAGCGGGCGGCGUCCAUCGAGCGGAGGAGGCAGGAGAUGGCGGCGACGCAGGAGAACGCCAUCCGCGCCCGGCAGGCCGCCGUGGAGGCCAACCAGGAGCUGGCUCGUGCCGCCAAGGAGGAGGCGAAGCGCAUCGAGGAGGACCUCAAGCGGGAGCGGGAGGAGCAGGCCAAGCAGAACGCGCAGCGCAGGGAUGCGGUGGUGGAGGCGCGGCAGAACGUGCAGGCUGCUGUUGAGAAGAUGUCCCAGGAGCGGCGGCUGGCUGCGGAGGAGGAGCGGCGCAAGCAGGCGGAGGACAGCCGCGCGCGUGCGGAGGCGGCGGCCAAGGAGAUGGCGGAGCGGCGCGACAUCAUCCUGCAGCUGCGCGCGCUGGAGAAGGUGCCCAAGCAGCGGGUCAAGGAGUUCGACCCCACGGAGACGGGGCCGGACUACGGACUGCUGGAGACCAUGAGCCUAGUGGAGCUGCGGGAGCGGCUGUCCGUGGCGAAGCGGCGGCAGAGAGAGGAGGAGGAGCGGCAGCGUGCCGAGAUCCUGCGUCAGAAGCAGGAGCGCGAGGCGGGGCUGCUGGAGAAGGCGGCCAACGUGCAGCGCAUCCGCCGGGUGGCGGCGGCGCAGGCGGCGGCGCGGAGAGCCAGCUCCGCGGAGACAUCGGAGCGGAAGAAAACCGAGGCCUCCAAGGCUCGCGAGGCGGACGUGUUGCAGCUGGCGGACAAGCUGGACGCCAAGCGGGCGGCUCUGGCGGCGGAGCGGGCGCGGCUGGCGGCCGAGCAGAAGCGCACGCGGUUCGAGCAGAUGCAGGCGGCGGCGGGGGCGGCAGUGGUGGAGGAAACCAAGUUCCGGGAGCUGCGGGCGGGCGCGCAGCGGGAGGCACGGGAGCGGCAGGACGGCAAGCUGGCCAGUGCGUCGCUGUACGAGCAGACCAAGGCGCGGGCGCAGAACGUACGGAUGAAGAACGUACGGCAGGAGCUGAAGGCCAAGGACGACUUCAUGCGCGCCUACGAUGAGAAGCUGGCGGCGCUGCGGCAGCAGGCCAGCGCCGACAGCGCCGUGGACCUGGCCCGCUGCAGCGAGGUGGUGACUGCGCAGCGCAGGUUCGAGGCGGGCAUCCGGGAGCGCAGCAUCGCGAAUGCGUACAAGCCGUUCCAGG